AUUUACGUUCUCUGUUUACUGACAGCUGAUUCUUCACUGCCAAGGAUGGACCAACUUUGAUAUCAACAAUCGAUAGUGUCAUAUAUAUUUUCAUAUUCAAUUGAGGUUUUUUAAAAAAUAUCAUGGUAAAGAAACUUUCCUUAUACUUUGUCUCUUUUGAUUAGUACUUUAGGUUUGUGUUGACAUUAUAUGUUAUAUAAUUUCUCUUAAUAUUGACACAUCCAUUUUUGAGAUCAAUCAAAGUAUCGUUUUCUCUAAAGUUCAUGUACCAGCUUCUUUUUGUCAUCUCUACAAGAUUAUAAAAACUCUCAAUUUCGCUUGCUAGAUAACAAAAAUGUCUUUAUUUACUUCUAAAAAUUUAGAAGUCUUUAUUAAUGAAUUUCUCAAGGAAGAUCUAAAACAAUUAGAGAUCCACAUAAACAACUACAACGGUGAAAUUAUGGAGUAUGUGCAACUCAAAAAUACAUUAGAAGCACUAAGUGAUAACUCUGAUGGUUCCUUUAAAACGCAAAUGGAUAUUGGGGGCAAUAUGUUCAUGGAGGCCAAAGUGGAUAACUCGUCCAACUCAAUCUUGGUUGAUGUGGGAAAAGGUUAUUUCGUGCAAUUCACCUUGGAGGAAGCAUUGAAAUUUCUGGAAUUUAAAGUAAAAGCACUUACAAAUGAAUGUAAUGUUCUGCGCGAGGAAAGUGUGAAAAAACGUUCGGAUAUAAAACUUGCGUUGUGGUGCAUUGCUGAACAAGAAAACUUCUAUCCGUGCAACCAAGACUAAGAAGUGCUUAAAUUGUUCGAGAUUUGUAAAUACUAUUCUUAAUGUUUUAUCUGAUUAAGUGGAGAUGUAUGUUAGUACGUAGAGCUAAGAAAUAAUUUGUUUAUUUUGUGCUAAAAUAUUGUGUAUGUGUGAAAAGAGAAUUGGCAGGUUCAACUUAAUUUUUAUUACGUCCUGAAUUUAUAAUAAACUUAAAUGUCUUGCGACAAAUGCGUGAUAGUAGCCAAUAGAAA